UUUUUCGGUUUUUCAUCAAGACAUAUUCAGCUGACCCUUUCUUUUCUGUUGCUGUGUGUGAAUCUCUUGAAAAGAGAAGAAAUCAGAUUCUUAUUUUUGGUAUAUCUGUAAUGCCAAGUCUGAUGCCACCAACUUCAAUUGUGCUGAGUUUGAUGCUUCACUCUAUGAUGUGUUCUCAGCCUCUCAGAACUGAAUUUCAUGCCAAGGAUCAGCUAACAACUUGCUCCAAUUUCCAAAGCUAGACAAGGAAAGAAUGAAGAACAGUUAAGCUCAGAAUCUGGAACCAUCACUUGCCUUGAUUUUGCACCAAAAUAUACCCAUGAAGGUGCAGUUCUCUAUUGUUGCACUUGUUCUAUUAGGCUCCACACUGUGUCUUUCUGGCCUAAUUGUAGCUGACUUGAACUCUGACCAACAAGCUCUCUUGGAGUUUGCUUCAAGUGUCCCACAUGCCCCAAGGCUCAACUGGAAGAAAGAUUCUGUUUCAAUUUGCACCUCAUGGGUUGGUGUGACAUGCAACUCAAACGGCACACGUGUCGUUGGCCUUCACCUUCCAGGAAUGGGAUUAAUCGGUACCAUUCCAGAGAACAGCAUAGGAAAACUAGAUGCUCUUAGGGUCCUGAGUCUUCAUUCCAAUGGCCUUAUAGGAAGUCUUCCUUCUAACAUUCUCUCCAUUCCUUCACUCCAAUUUGCAUACCUUCAGCACAAUGGCUUCUCUGGCAUUAUUCCUUCUCCUGUGACCCCUAAACUCAUGGCAUUGGACAUUUCCUUUAACAACUUUUCUGGCAGCAUUCCACCAGCUUUUCAGAACCUUAGAAGACUCACUUGGUUGUAUCUCCAAAACAAUUCUAUAUCUGGAGCUAUUCCUGACUUCAACCUUCCAAGUCUCAAGCAUUUGAACUUGAGCAAUAAUAACUUGAAUGGCUCAAUUCCAAAUUCCAUAAAGACAUUUCCUUACACUUCUUUUGUAGGAAAUUCUCUCUUAUGUGGUCCACCUCUCAAUCAUUGCUCUACAAUCUCCCCUUCUCCAUCUCCUGCCACUGAUUACCAGCCCCUCACUCCACCAACCACACAAAACCAAAAUGCUACACACCAUAAGAAAAACUUUGGCCUAGCUACUAUACUUGCUCUAGUCAUUGGGGUCAUUGCCUUCAUCUCUUUAAUAGUUGUAGUGAUCUGUGUGUUCUGUUUGAAGAAGAAGAAAAACAGCAAAAGCAGUGGCAUACUGAAAGGAAAGGCUUCUUGUGCUGGGAAGACUGAGGUUUCAAAGAGUUUUGGGAGUGGAGUGCAAGGGGCUGAAAAGAACAAGCUCUUUUUCUUUGAAGGUUCCUCUCAUAGCUUUGACCUUGAGGAUUUGCUGAAGGCUUCAGCUGAAGUUCUUGGAAAAGGAAGCUAUGGAACAGCAUACAAGGCUGUUUUGGAGGAGGGAACAACAGUGGUAGUUAAAAGGUUGAAGGAAGUUGUGGUUGGAAAGAAGGAGUUUGAGCAGCAGUUGGAGAUUGUGGGGAGAGUUGGAAGCCACCCCAAUGUGAUGCCCCUAAGGGCUUAUUACUACUCCAAAGAUGAGAAACUUCUGGUUUACAACUACAUGCCAGGUGGCAGCUUGUUUUUCUUGUUGCAUGGAAACAGGGGAGCAGGAAGAACCCCACUAGACUGGGACUCCAGAGUGAAGAUUUUGCUAGGAGCUGCCAAGGGAAUAGCUUUCAUCCACUCAGAGGGGGGUCCAAAGUUCGCACAUGGCAACAUCAAGUCAACAAACGUGCUCAUAAACCAAGAACUCGACGGCUGCAUCUCCGACGUGGGAUUGCCUCCUUUAAUGAACACUCCAGCAACCAUGUCAAGAGCCAAUGGCUACAGAGCUCCAGAAGUCACUGACUCAAAGAAGAUCACUCACAAGUCCGAUGUCUACAGCUUCGGGGUGCUGCUGCUAGAAAUGCUGACAGGGAAGACCCCUCUGAGGUAUCCUGGCUAUGAGGAUGUGGUUGAUCUUCCAAGGUGGGUGAGGUCUGUUGUCAGAGAGGAAUGGACUGCAGAAGUGUUUGAUGAGGAGCUUCUGAGAGGGCAAUAUGUUGAAGAGGAGAUGGUUCAGAUGCUUCAGAUUGCAUUGGCAUGUGUGGCUAAGGGGCCUGAUCAAAGGCCUAGAAUGGAUCAAGUUGUUAGAAUGUUGGAGGAGAUUAAGCAUCCUGAGUUGAAGAACUACCACAGGCAAUCCUCUGAGUCUGAGUCUAAUGUGCAGACACCAACACCAUGAUCACGAUGAGAUGCAUUUGAUGGGAGACUAAUAAAAUUUUCUCUGCAGAAUGGGGUUUGUCAUCAUUAGGCUCAUAUUGUGUUUUGCUUGCAUGCCCUCAACCAAAUAAGCAUGUUUCAUUGUAAAAUACUACUAAUGAUGAUGUUUUUUUAUUUGUGUUGGCCAUAAAAGGCUUCUUUUCAUGUUUCACAUUAUUUUGUUGCGUUAUGACACUUUUAGCUAUUGGCUAAUUGCUAUUCAGUUGGUGGAAAUAAUUCAAGUUUCAUUUUUUUUUUCCUUUCAA